AUGGGUCGUAAGAAGAAAGUCGAGCAGGAGGUAUACCACGUCGAGGUCAUCACCAAAGCUCGCGUCAGUGAGGAAGGAGACUGGGAAUAUCAUGUCAAAUGGGCAGGCUAUGACUCUGAUGCAGACACUUGGGAGCCAGCACCAAACUUGAGCAAAUGCGAACGGCUCUUGUGCAGCUUUUGGGACCAUAUUGGUAUCGACGACAAUGAUUAUUCCGUGGGAUACGAGAUUACGGCGAAUGAUGAUUGGAUAAAGAAAGAGAAAGAGUUCUUCGCGACGCAGUUCUCAGAAGAAGCAAAGGAUACAAAGAAACAACCUAUCAAGCAGGUGAGUUUACCCGAUGAUACUCAUUAUACUGUCUUACACAUUUUAUAUAAAAGACAGUGA